AUGCUGGCCACCACUCGAGUCCCAGACGCGCCACAGAGGCUGUGUGGCGUGACGGGGCACUGUGUGCAGCUCAAGGGCCCAGCGGAUGUUCGUAUCGGCGUGGGCAGCGCUGUGGAGCGGAUGCCGGUGUACGUCGCCGACUUGGACGAACCAUGUCUGCUGGGACUCGACUACCUGACGCAGAGCAAGGCUUGUGUCGACCUAGGACGGAAGCUGGUGAGGGUGCGUGGCCAAGAAGUGCCCUUGCUUCCGGAGGUCGGCUGUGCGGAGGUAGUUGUGGCUGAGAGAGUGCACCUUGCUCCUAGGACGGAGGCCAGAGUCUGUCGGGUGGAGCCUCAUUCAAGCAGGGAGGAGUUAGUUACGGUGUUAGUAGCUAACCUCUCCGAUAAGUCUCGGAAGGUGCCCACUGGGGCCAAGCUGGGCACUUGUGGGGAAGUGGAACACCCUGAGGAGACGUCAGGGAGCACAGAGGUGGCUGCUGUGAGGCCGCUACCCAACUUCCUGGAGGAUUUGGCUCACUGGAGUGCCGCUAACCUGACGGAGGCGGAGACAGAGAAGGUGCGCCACACCCUGGCUCAGUACGCGGACGUCUUUAGCAGGGGUGACAUGGACCUGGGGUGCGCGGGGUUGGUGAAGCACAGCAUCAACAUGGGAAGUAGUGCGCCCAUCAAGAGCCCACCCCGACGUAUCAUACCAGCCAGGCGGGAGGAGAUGUAG